AUGAAGGAGACCAUGGAAUUACCGUCGACCCUGCCUCCUCCACCCCCUCCUGAGGAUGGCGCCCCUCCACCUCCUCCAGCAGACUCCGCCGCUCCUCCGCCGCCGCCAGAUGUAUCCGCGCCUCCACCCCCGCCUGAAGACCUCCCACCACCUCCUCCCGAGCCGCAAGUGAAGAAGAAGAAGGUGGGAUGGGGAGCGAAACGCCCGGCGGCAACGCCGCUGAGUGUCGAGGAGUUGGUCCGGAAGAAGAGAGAGGCCGAUGCGGCUGCGGCCAAGCCAAAAUUCGUAUCUAAAGCGGAACGAGAACGAUUAGCUAUGGAGAAGCGCGCGAAAGAGGUCGAAGCACAGCGACGGAAGUCCAAUGGCACGCCUAACGGGGUAGAUGGGAUGGACUUGGAUACUCCGUCUUCUGGCUACGAUACACCGGACAGAGAUCCCCGGUCGAUUCCUACGGGCCCCCGCGCUAUGCGCAACGGUGACGGCCCGCCUCCUACAGGUCCUGCGUUUAUGCGGUCAAGGAACGAGGCGCCUACGAAGUCGAAUAAGAGAGGCGAUAAGCGGUUUAGUGAAGAGGACGAAGCUGCAGCGCAAGCAGCUCUCAUCAAACAGAAAUACAUGGGCGCCGACCAGACCUCGAAUUUCUCGGCGAAGAAAAAGCGCAAGCGCACGACGGACCGGAAAUUCAACUUUGAGUGGAAUGCGGAGGAGGAUACGAGUGGCGACUAUAACCCGCUGUAUCAGAACCGGCACGAGGCCAAUUUCUUCGGACGCGGGCGUCUGGCGGGUUUCGGCGACGACGUGGCGGAUUCCAUGGCGAAAAAGUAUGCCAGUGCCUUGGAGGACCGGGAUCGCGAAGCGGGAAGUAUUCGGGCGAGAGAGAUUCUGGAGAUGGAGCGGCGGCGCAGGGAGGAGAGUACGCGGAACCAGCUGGACAAGCACUGGAGCGAGAAGAAGCUGGAGCACAUGCGCGAGCGAGACUGGCGUAUCUUCAAGGAAGACUUCAACAUCGCGACCAAAGGUGGAAGUGUACCGAAUCCGAUGCGAUCGUGGGAUGAGUCCGGCUUGCCGAAGCGGCUUAUGGAGCUUAUUGAUCGGGUUGGAUACAAGGAGCCGACACCUAUCCAGCGGGCUGCUAUUCCAAUCGCCAUGCAAAACCGCGAUCUUAUCGGUGUUGCCGUGACAGGUUCCGGUAAGACCGCGGCGUUCCUGCUCCCGCUUCUAUGCUAUAUCGCCGAGCUGCCGCGGUUAGACGAGUUCGAGUGGCGCAAGAAUGACGGUCCAUAUGCGAUUGUCCUUGCGCCGACUCGUGAAUUGGCUCAGCAGAUUGAGAUUGAGGCCAAGAAGUUUACACAGCCGCUUGGAUUCAAUGUUGUCAGUAUUGUCGGUGGCCACUCGCUCGAGGAGCAAGCUUACAGUUUGCGAAACGGUGCUGAGAUUAUCAUCGCUACACCUGGUCGUCUUGUCGACUGUAUCGAGCGCCGUAUGUUGGUUCUCAGCCAGUGUUGCUACGUGAUUAUGGAUGAAGCCGAUCGCAUGAUCGACCUUGGGUUCGAAGAGCCCGUCAACAAGAUCCUCGACGCGCUUCCGGUCAGCAACGAAAAGCCCGACACAGAGGAAGCAGAAAACUCCUCUGCCAUGAGCCGACACCUCGGGGGAAAGGAUCGCUACCGCCAGACCAUGAUGUACACGGCCACCAUGCCUACCGCAGUAGAGCGUAUUGCACGUAAGUAUCUCCGGCGACCGGCAAUCGUGACAAUCGGAGGCGUCGGUGAAGCUGUCGACACCGUCGAGCAGCGCGUCGAAAUGAUCGCUGGCGAAGACAAGCGCAAGAAGCGCCUUGGCGAGAUCUUGUCGUCAGGCGAUUUCCGCCCGCCCAUCAUCGUGUUCGUCAACAUCAAGCGAAACUGUGAUGCCAUUGCGCGCGAAAUCAAACAAUGGGGCUUCUCGUCGGUUACGCUGCACGGAAGCAAAACACAGGAGCAGCGUGAGGCCGCGCUGGCUUCCGUUCGCAACGGCUCGACAGACGUCCUGGUGGCUACGGAUCUUGCUGGUCGUGGUAUCGAUGUGCCGGACGUCAGUCUCGUCAUCAACUUCAACAUGGCUACCUCAAUCGAGAGCUACACCCAUCGUAUCGGUCGUACUGGUCGUGCCGGAAAGAGUGGUGUGGCUAUCACGUUCCUGGGCAAUGAGGAUUCCGAUGUCAUGUACGACCUCAAGCAAAUGCUCAUCAAGUCCCCCAUCUCGCGGGUGCCGGAGGAACUGCGCAAGCACGAAGCCGCUCAGUCGAAACCCCAGCGCGGCGUGGGCAAGAAGAUCGAGGAGUCUUCUGGGUUCGGCGGCAAGGGCGGAUGGUGA